GAUUGUGAUUUGUGAAUGUUUAAUUUUGCUUUGAAAAUGUGAUUUUUGCAGGUCUAUUGAGAUAACUUUGAUCUAGAAAAAAAAUGGUGAUGAAUCUCGUUCGACUGUUUCUUUCGUUUCUGCCGGGUGUCGAGACUGCAAACAGAAAAGUACCCUUAAGAGAGAAGGUUAUAUACACUGCAAUAUCCCUUUUCGUUUUCCUAGUGUGCAGUCAUCUGCCACUGUACGGCAUACACUCGGCAACUGGUGCAGAUCCGUUCUAUUGGAAGCGUGUUAUCUUCGCUUCGAAACGGGGCACCGUAAUGGAGCUUGGAAUCACACCGAUAGUGACACUUGGACUUGUUACGGAACUUUUAGCGGGCUCGAAGUUCAUCGAUGUCGAUAACAAUGUGCCACAAAACAGAGCACUUUUAAAUGGUGCUCGGGAGUUGUUAGGUAUCUUGAUAGUAGUUGUUGAGGCGGUUGCGUGUGUUUCCUCGGGAAUGUAUGGCAGUGUUUGCCAGCUAGGAGUUGGUAAAGCGAUUCUCACAAUCAUGCAACUCUGCUUUGGUGGCGUUAUCGUAAUUUCCCUCGACGAACUUCUCCAGAAAGGAUACGGCCUGUGCUCCGGCAUUCCACUCUUCAUCGCAGCAAGUAUUUGUGAAUGCGUAAGUCAGAAAGCAUUUGAAGUUGGUGCGAUUGUUUUGCGAGAGGCGAAUCAUCGACGGAAUACUCCGAGCAGUACAAAUUUGCUUACCACUGUUUCGAUAAUCCUUAUUGUCACGUAUUUCCAUGGCUUCCGUGGGGUGAGGUCGAACGCUCCCAAAAUGACCUUCGUUUUUCAGUCGGCUGUUGUGCUCAAUCUCUACUUCAUCUCGAACUUGCUUCAUGGGAGAUUUGGUGGAAAUUCCCUCCUCUGAAGUGAAGCUGUUGGGAAUUUGAGUCCCUUAACAAUUAACAUGGCCUAAAUAAAAUGCAGUAUUCUGUCCAUAUUUCAUAUUUCGAGGGUAUUUUCGGUAAAAUGAAAGGAGAAAUUAGAUAGAAAAUCUGUUUCUUAUUCACUUAUACUUGUGCAUUAUAUCAAGGGGCUAUUUACGAAACCCCUCGUAUCAAUUUCGGUAGAACAAUAAGUCUAAAUUUAAAUCCUAUAUUUGAGAUAAUUUUUUCAUAGCAAAA